AUGCCCGAGUCAGCAGACGCCACCUCCUCCGCCAAGAGCACCACCAAGGGCUCUACUCCCACCGUCGCCACCACCGAAGACCUCGCGAAAAGUAUCAAAUACCUUGCCCAAAGCGCCAAAUGGGCUCGCAACACCCGUAAGGCUGGCUUCACCAAUCUCACCACAGAGCAAGGUACAGAGCUGGACAAGACUCUCAGAGAGGCGCAAACACAGAUGCAUGCGUUGAGCAAAACACUCGACGAAUGGGCCAAGAAAAACAAUUGGACUAGGCCGUCGAAAACUGGGGAUUCUAGUGCAGGUGAUAAGGAGACAACAGAAACGAAGACAGAGGGAACGGAUGAUGAAAAAAGUGAGGCGAAGAGCGAAACGAAGAGUGAAGGGGAAUGA